CCAAAUAAUUAUUGUUGGUAAAAUACAAAUUAAAUUUUUCUUUCAUAUUAGUAUUCAUAUGCACUUUGCUUCCAUUGCAUAUUUACCUUAAUUUGCAAAUUUAUUUGCUCCAAAGUUAUGAUCUUGUCCCAAUCUGAAAAGUAGUACCAAAAAAAAAAAAAGGAACUUUUUGAUAUACUACAAGAAAUAUUUGUUAUUUUUUAAUAGUUAAUUUGCAAAUUUAUUUGCUCCUAUAUGUGAUAAUGGGGUCUAAAGUUAUGAUCUUGUACUAAUCUGUAAAGUAAUAAUAAUCCAUUUUAUGAAACUUUUUUAUAAAAAGAAAAGGAAAAAAGAAAAAAAAGAACUUUAGGAUAUAAUUAAAAAAAAAAUAGUUGCUGUUAUUAUGAGUUAUUUUGCAAAUUUAUUUGCUUCUAUAUGUGAUAAUGAAUCCAAAGUUAUGAUCUUUUAUCAAUCUGAGAUUAGUAUUAAUUAAUUUUCUGAAACUUGUUUCUCAGAAAAACAAAAGGAAAAACAUAAAAGAAAGAACUUCCAGCUAUAUUAAGGCCCCAUUUAGCCAUGAAAAUUGUGAAAUUAGAAAAGAAGUAACUUUUGUUACAAAGUGAAAAAUGGUAUUUGGAAAUUGGAAUUUUUUUUUCCAUAUGAGUAUUCAUAUUCACUUUGCUGACAUUGCAUAAAAGUUUGGAGUUGAAAUUUGAAACAUAGCGUCUCAUGAUUUCAAGACUUUGAUGACUCAGACUGAGAUCUCAUUUUAGUAAUUUUAACGAGAGGUUUUGUUUGACUUAUUUGCGUGAAAUGGCAGAGAUUUUUGGAUAUACAGCAUGCAGACAAUUAUUGCAAAUGCUCAUUUCAAUAAUAUUCUUCCACGUUUCCGAGUACAUUCUGGCACUUGUCAUUCAUGGGAAGUCAAACGUAUCUCUUAAGUCGCUUUUGAUAAGUAAACAUUAUCUACUGGCAAUGAUUUGCUCGUUGAUAGAGUACCUUAUUGAAAUUUAUUUCUUUCCUGGCUUAAAGGAAUAUUGGUGGAUAAGUAAUUUGGGCCUUGCACUGGUUGUUCUUGGAGAAAUCAUAAGGAAGUUGGCCAUUGUGACAGCAGGCCGAGCCUUCACUCAUCUAAUAAAAGUUUAUCACGAGGAAGAUCAUCAAUUGGUUACAGAUGGGAUCUAUAGAUUUGUCCGACAUCCCGGUUAUUGUGGUUUCUUCAUCUGGUCUGUUGGUACUCAAAUAAUGCUUUGUAAUCCAAUAUCAACCGUUGGAUUUGCAGUGGUUGUGUGGAAAUUUUUCUCGUCAAGGAUACCUUACGAGGAAUUUUUCCUCAAGCAGUUCUUUGGUUCUGACUACGAAGAUUAUAUGAGAAAAGUUCCUUCUGGUAUUCCACUUGUGAAGUGAUUAUUCAACAAAUCCUCUUGAGGACUCUGUAUACGUGCCCAUCAUCCUUGUUCAUUGUGCUUCCUCAUCUGAUCACUGGUGCUGAGACAAUUGAGUCAGGAAUUUUAUUUUCUUGGACACUCAUACGUUUCUCAUAACGUGAAGUUUGCCGAAAAAAGUUCCUCUAAGAUAUUACUUCUGAGGCGAUGCUUCUCUUUGCAUUUGUGGAGUGUUUUUAUCUUAUUUGUAUAAUCACUCUCUUGUAGUAUCAUGUUGUUAGUUAGGUAGGUCUUCCUAACCUUGUCCUAAAUUCAGGUUCUUUGCUAGGUCUUAUGGGGAGCUGCAAGUUUACUGUAUCAUGUACGUACGGCCAAUGUUGCUCGAACUCCUCAAAAAAAUGUUGGCGGGUGUGUGUCGGAUCCUCCAAAAGUAGUGCAUCUGUGAAGGAUCCGAUACAGGUGCAGCGACAAUUUUUGGAGAGUCCGAGCAACAUAAGGUUAUGGCUGAUGGGAAUUGUGUUAUCAUGCUCUUAAGGAGAAAGGCCUUGCAACAUUUUCUGUAAUUUGACAUAUUCACUUCAUCUCAAUUAUGUUUGAUUUCUUUCUGUUG